GCUGGGCCUUAAUGAGCACCACCAGAAUGAAGUGAUCAACUACAUGCGCUUUGCUCGUUUCAAGCGUGGACUGUGUCUCAAAACAGUGGAUUCUUGUUUUCAGGACCUUAAGGACAGCAGACUUGUUGAGGAAACCUUCACAGUCGACGAGGUGGUGGACAUGCUAGAUGGGCUGCAGACUGUUGUACACAGCGAAGUGGAGUCAGAGCUCAUAAAUACCACUUACACCAAUGUUCUGCUUCUGCGGCAGCUCUUUUCGCAGGCUGAGAAGUGGUACCUUAAGUUGCAGACAGAAGUCUCUGAGCUGGAGAAUCGAGAAUUGCUGGAACAGGUUGCUGAGUUUGAAAAGUCAGACUUUACAUCUUCAAACAAGAAGCCCAGUGCAGAUCUCAUUAAACCAAAACUGGCUCCCUUAAAUGAAGGUGGGUCAGAGCUGCUAAACAAGACAGUUGCUCGUCUCCAAGAAGAAAAUGAAAAACUGAAGACCAGACUCAAGACCAUAGAAACACAGGCUACAGCUGCACUAGAUGAGAAGUCCAAGCUACAAAAGUCACUGAAGGAUUUACAAGUGAUCCAAGGAGACCAGAAGGAUUUUCUGAAGAUUACUAACACGAACCAGGAUAUCACUGAACUCGAGAAUAAAGUGGCAGCUUUGAAAUGCCAUUUUGAGAAGACUUUGAAUGAUGCUACUGCAAACCAAGAAUUCUUGGAAGAGAACCUGGUGACAACAAAACAUGACUUGCUUAAGGUCCAGGACCAGCUCUCCACAGCUCAAAAGGAAUUGGAGAAGAAAUUUCAGCAAACAGCUGCCUACCGAAACAUGAAAGAGAUUCUCACUAAGAAGAAUGAACAGAUAAAGGACCUACGUAAAAAGCUUUCCAAAUAUGAGCCAGAGGACUAG